AUGCGUCUGACCGUCGAUCUCAUCCAAAAUUCGCUAUCAUACAUUAAUCCUCUCACAGACCGCGAGCUGGAUCUCCGAGGGCACAAAAUCCCCGCAAUUGAGAACUUGGGUAUUGCCAAAGAUCAAGAUGCAAUCGACUUCACCGACAACGACCUUUCCUCUCUAGGAAACUUCCCCUUCUUCCCCCGCCUCCGCACUCUCCUCCUAGCCCGCAACCGCAUCACUCACAUUCAACCUACACUCGCAACGUCAAUUCCAGGUCUGAAGAACCUUGUCUUGACAGCGAACAACCUGUCCGAGCUAGCGGAUCUGGAUCCGCUGCGCAACCUCGACCGUCUGACACACCUGAGCCUGCUAGAGAACCCUGUGACACGGAAAGAGAACUACCGUUACUGGGUCAUCUGGCGCAUCCCCUCAGUCCGGUUCCUUGACUACCAAAAAGUGAAAGACGCCGAGCGCGCCAAAGCUGCCGAACUCUUUGGCACUAUUGAAGAGCCCUCCUCCCUCGCAUCUAAGAUCUUAGGCGUGAAAUCGAGCACCUUCGACGUCUCAGCUGCUGCAUCCGCCCCCGCCGAAAAGGGCAUUCGUGUACAAUUAACCGAUGCCGAGCGCAAGCGCGUGGAGAAAAUGAUUCGCGAAGCGAAGAGUCUGCAGGAGAUUACAAGGUUGGAGAAGGAGCUUAAUGAGGGACGGAUACCCGGUGGUGCGAUUGGCGAUGCGGAUGGCGAUCAGGAAAUGCAGAUGUGA